AUGGCUCUUGAAACUUCUAAUAUUGAUGUUGAUAUAGCUUCAUCCCUCUUUACAGAUACUAGUGAUCAAGAGGUCGAAGAGGAAGUUUUAAAAUAUGUCGAUGAUAUGUUGAACAUUCAUAAAGCAGAUUUUCAUUACACAUUAAUUUUAUAUCCGGGGGUAGAAAAUUAUGAAAUCCUAAAAAAAGUAAUGAAACCCCUUAUAACUGAACUAAAUAAUUUGACAACGAACAGACUAGUGGACUUGUAUGGUAUAAAAUGGAGAAUUGAAUUUUACUUCAGCAGUAACUGGAAAUUCAUGGCUAUCAUAUUAGGAUUCAAUGCCCCAAAUUCAAAUAAUUUCUGCCCUUGGUGCCUCUGCACCAAAAAAGAUAUUGGAAAUAAGGACAAAACAUAUAAAAUUGAGAAAACUAUGGAUUCAUUGAAAUCGGAUUCACCAUCGCCAGGUCACCUCAAAACUUCUCUCCUCCCUAUGAUCUAUUUGGACCAGUAUAUGCCUGAUGAGUUGCAUAUUAUGUUGAGAAUAUGA